AUGUCGGUCAAUAUUCAGAGGAAUUCAUUGUUCUUAGGCCUAUCUGCCAUGUUUUACUUUUUACUUCUUUUAUCUCCAUUCACCUUAUUGGGUACCGUUCUAGCAGAGGAUCAGGCUCCUCUACAGGAACCCCUUGGAACUGUUAUCGGAAUUGAUCUUGGAACUACAUACUCAUGUGUCGGUGUUAUGCAAAAGGGAAAAGUCGAAAUAUUAGUCAAUGACCAGGGUCACCGCAUCACACCUUCAUACGUGGCAUUCACAGAUGAAGAGAGAUUAGUAGGAGAUGCGGCCAAGAACCAGGCUGCUGCGAACCCAAAGCGAACCAUAUUCGACAUUAAGCGAUUGAUUGGUCGUAAGUUUGACGACAAAGACCUUCAAAAUGACAUGAAGCACUUCCCUUUUGAUGUGGUAAACGACAAAGGCAAACCGGCCGUCGAGGUUGAAGUGAACGGAUCACCAAAAAGAUUCACUCCUGAGGAGGUUUCAGCUAUGAUUCUAGGAAAGAUGAAGGAGGUUGCCGAAUCAUAUCUCGGCAAUAAAGUCACCCACGCGGUUGUAACAGUACCCGCCUACUUCAAUGAUAAUCAAAGACAAGCAACCAAAGAUGCAGGCGCUAUCGCCGGCCUUAACGUUCUCCGAAUUGUUAACGAACCUACCGCCGCAGCUAUCGCUUACGGUCUUGACAAGACUGAGGGCGAGAGACAAAUCAUUGUGUACGAUCUCGGAGGUGGAACCUUUGAUGUUUCGCUGUUAUCUAUCGACCGUGGAGUGUUUGAAGUUUUGGCAACCGCAGGAGACACCCAUCUCGGAGGAGAAGACUUCGACCAAAGAGUCAUCAACUUUUUUGCCAAAAAGUACAACAAAGAGAACAAUGUAGACAUCUCAAAGGACCUCAAGACAAUGGGUAAACUCAAGCGUGAAGCUGAGAAGGCAAAGCGUACCCUUUCAUCUCAAAAGACAACUCGUAUUGAGAUCGAAGCUUUCCACAAUGGCAAUGACUUUUCCGAGACUCUUACUAGAGCCAAAUUUGAAGAGUUAAACAUCGAUCUUUUCAGAAAAACCCUUGAGCCUGUAAAGCAGGUACUAUCUGACGCCAAGGUCAAGAAAUCCGAAAUAGAUGACAUCGUUCUAGUCGGUGGAUCGACCCGUAUUCCUAAGGUUGUUGAGCUUAUAGAGGAAUACUUUUCGGGAAAGAAGGCAUCCAAGGGUAUCAAUCCUGAUGAGGCGGUAGCUUUUGGUGCUGCUGUUCAGGGUGGAGUUCUCUCCGGUGAGGAAGGUACAGAAGACCUAGUCCUUAUGGACGUCAACCCCUUGACACUUGGUAUUGAAACAACUGGGGGUGUUAUGACCAAGCUCAUCCCAAGAAACACCGUUAUCCCAACUCACAAAUCUCAAAUAUUCUCCACUGCCGCCGACAACCAGGCCGACAAGGCCAAAAAGGAACGAAUCGACGCCAGGAACGGUCUGGAAAACUAUGUUUUCUCCCUCAAGAAUCAAGUCGCUGAUAAAGAGGGUCUUGGCGGUAAAAUUGAGGAUAGUGACAAAGAAACAUUGGAAGAAGCAAUCAAGCAAGCUAGCGCCUGGCUCGAAGAGAGCGGGAGUGAAGCCACUGCUGAAGAUUUCGAGGAGCAAAAAGAGAAAUUAUCUAGUGUUGCUUACCCAAUUACUAGCAAGAUGUACAACGCUGCCGGUGAGGCUAGCGGAGAAGAUGAACCAGAGAAGCAUGAUGAGUUGUAG